AUGCCUAGCGCUCCCAGAUCAACAGCUUGCCAGACUUGCAAGCAGAAAAGAACCAAGUGCGAUAAGAAAUGGCCAGCAUGCACGCAGUGCACUCGAAAGGGCGUCGAAUGCCCGGGGCCUUCGUCCCUGGUCAAGUUCGUAAGAAAUGGCCACCACUCUUCUCCCCCUUCGUACAACCAGGCCUUGGCCGAAGGUUCCGAAUCUUCCCCAUCCUUUCAGCGACGGGUCAUGGUCAGCCAAGGCCCGUUGAAGUCGUAUCGUGGUGGGAAUGGGGUAGAGGGUAGCUUUCGCCUUCAAGUUCCUUGUUCUAAGCUUCAAACUGCCGUGGAUACUAUUGGAUCUCUAUUGAUUAGUCUUCUGGACACAAGGGGAACCUCAACUUUUGGGACCCUUCACUUUCUAGAGUUCUGUCCUCAGAGGAUGUCACAAAGUGCGUGUUUGCGGGAUUGCGUAGCGCUCUAUUGCCACGCUUGGAUCCGGUGCCAUCACUACCGUCAACCCGUUUCGGAGGUGCUUGAAAGCAAAAUUUAUGGUGACGCAAUCCGGAGUUUGCGAAAAACAAUGAACAGUAAUAAACUGUACACGGCUGAGACGCUCGGCGCGAUGGUUCUGCUGGAACGAUUCAUGUACCCUUGCAGACUCUCUAAGCCGAAAGAAUUAGUACGCCACCAACUUGGAAUCCGGCAUGUGAUGAAGCAAAUUGGCCCUCCAGAUCCAGAUGACGACCUGCACAGCUGGCUGGUUCGGGGAUCAGUCAACACGAUGUAUCAUGUUGCCAAGUAUGGCUUUAGUGAAGAUUCCACCGAACCCGAACCCGAUACACCCAGCAGCGAGGCAACUGGAACAUCCCCGUAUUGGGGGGAUGGCAGCCACUGGGAUAUAAAGAAAGAAGAAGAUGAUCAUGAUUAUGAGGAUGAUAAGCUCGCGACACAUGUUGAUGAUGAUGAUGGUGAUGAUGGGGUCAUUGACGAUGUCAAACAGCCAGAUACGUUGAUUAAGAGAGGCAGAGCUCUUGUAUUGCAGAUCGCUCUCCGUCACACCAAGAGCUGGCUGCCAAAGAUAAGCGAACUGCGACAGAAUCGUUGUGAUGUGGAGUGGCAGAAGGCCGCCCUCACUCAAAAGAUAGAGAAGCUGGAAAUGGCUCUCGGCAAUGUAUUGAAUAAAGCCUGGAAGUCGUGUUUGGCUUCAGGAUCUAUUAUCGAGAGCCUGGAUCCCAGCUUCUUCCUCGGCCGCCGGGUCGACUUUGUAUCCUUGAAGCUAGCGGAUGAUCUGUUGAGCAUGCUUCUCUACCAUGCCAUGACCGUACGUAUGCUUGGUGUCUUAGGAGACAUCAAUGGGAAUGCGGAUGAUUCACUCUUGAGCAAGUACAAAAGCAUAUGCCACCGCUGCUGGUUGUGCUUCCCGUAUUUAUGUACCGUCGACGCCGUUUUCCAAGCCAGCAUGUUCAAUAAACUCAUGGUGACACUGGAGCCUGCGACUUUGGAAGAGCUUGGUCAUUUCCUCGCCUUAGAUAUGGACUGGACUUCAUGUGGCGUGAAGGACCCGAAGGACGUCAAAUCGUUCUUCUUUUGGGUCCAUGGUAUGGCGACGUUCUUCACGGGCCAAUCAAACUGUCCAACAGGAUAUUGA